GUGUAUUCUAGUUUACAAGAUGGAUUAUGGAUUUAAUUUUUAACAUUUGAGGAUGAUGGUUUGAUGCUCAUUAUCAUUGUGAACCCGAUUAGGGAUUCAUGGGUAUGUAUAUUGAUUUUAGGAUAUCCUUCUAUGCCAAAUCACCGGCUGAUAAUAGGUGAAACCUUGCUAAUGGGGCAAUAUUCGUUGCCUUAUCAUUAGGUGUUAUGUCGUGAUUAUAAUUGGAUAUUGAGCAAUCAAUUGGUCAGUGAAAUGGACUAUUAACGUGUGACUUGAUAAAGAUUGAUCGAUGGACUUACCAUUGAUGUUUGAAUUGUAAUAGUGGAUUCAAUGAGUAUUUCAAAUUUGCAUAAAACUUUGUUUAAAUGAAACAACUCAUAUUUGAUUUGAUUUGUAUAUUAUAUCUUGGGUUUGGAGUUUGAGUUUCUGGUAUAGCUUUAUAUAUAUGCAUAGUGAUUGUUCAAUCUGUUUAAAAGAGAUGUACUACUCACUGGGCUAUGAUUGCUCAUAUCAUUCGUCUUAAAUGUUAUUGAGGUUGCUUGGUUAGUGGCAAAUAGAACGAGAGAGUUCGCUUUAUAUCCAGGCAUUUUGAUAAAGGGAAUUUUGCAUAUGAACUUAGUUAGUUCUUUAUUUCUAAGCCGAGUUGUAUAUGAUUGAGAUGAGUUUGUUGGUUUAGAUGUUAGUUAGAGAUGUACAUAUUCUUUUUGAUGGAUUAUAGAAACUAAUGGUCUAACCAAUCUGUUGGUUUAACAUACAUACAUACAUACAUACAUACAUAUAUAUAAUAAUAGGUUGUUAGUUAUGUUUGAGGCUGCUUUCUUUAAGUGGAAAUGACAGCCGUGUCUUGUCCCAAUUCUUGUUGGAUUCAGGGUGUGACAAGCCCUAACAACUAAUCGUUCUAGGAAAAAUGAUCCUUUGGACCCAUGUGCACAACUGUGAUUAGCAGAUUAUCCAAACCAAGGAUGCUCUUGAGAAUCCACAUCUUUGAGUUGAAUUAUUUGUUUUGACUUGGGAAGUAGUUAAAACUGCCUAGUCGGCAUUGUGGUAGAAACCAACUAUUUAAUUACAACAAAGGCCAUCUACAAAGUCAUACUCAUCACUCCUCCUCGGCAUUGUGUGUUCCAGGAAAGAUGGAGAAAAUCAAGCACAGCCAUGUGGCAGUGAGCGAUGUGAAGCUUCAUGUUGCUGAAAUUGGAGAAGGUCCAAAGGUGGUGGUGUUCUUGCAUGGGUUCCCAGAGAUAUGGUACACAUGGAGGCACCAAAUGAUUGGCGUCGCCAAUGCCGGGUACCGCACCAUCGCUAUCGAUUUCAGAGGCUAUGGACUCUCCGAUCAGCCUUUUGACCCUGAGAAGGGUUGUUAUGCUGAUCUUGUUGAAGAUGUUGUUGCCCUCCUUGAUGCCCUGGGCAUUGCCAAGGCCUUCCUAGUGGGGAAGGACUUUGGGGCUAUGCCAGCAUACCUUGUUGCAGUGGUUAAGCCAGAGAGGGUCUGCGGAGUCAUCACAUUGGGCAUCCCCUUUUUUCGACCUGGACUCCCGUCCAUCCAACUCCAUCUCUUUUCCAAAGGCUUUUACAUUCGCAGGUGGCAGGAACCUGGGCGAGCGGAAGCUGACUUCAGUAGGCUGGACAUCAAAACGGUCAUAAGAAACAUCUACAUCCUCUUUUCAGGGAGUGAGCUCCCUGUUGCCGGUGAUGAUCAGGAGAUCAUGGACUUGGUCGAUGCAUCGACCCCGCUACCUCCAUGGUUCUCUGAGGAAGAUCUCGCGGCCUAUGCAUCCUUGUAUGAGAAGUCCGGGUUUCGGUUCGCCCUGCAGGUUCCAUACAGGACUUUGGGGACGGAAUAUGCCACACUGGAUCUAAAAGUUACGGCACCGGCGUUGCUGAUCAUGGGAGAGAAAGACUUUUUCCUGGAGUUUCCGGGCAUGGAGGACUACAUAAGGAGUGGGCAAGUGAAGCACUUGGUCCCUAACUUAGAUGUCACCUUCAUGCCAGAGGGGAGCCAUUUCGUCCAUGAGCAACUUCCGGAGCAAGUGAACAGUCUCUUAGUUGAAUUCCUGAACAAGCAAAAUAUCUAGUUAUGAGACCCUAUCUACGGCGGAAGUUGAUCUUGGUGAGAGUAAAUAAACUCAUCGAUCGCCUUUCACAAUAAGUGAUCACUAAGAAUUGUUAACUUCUACUUGGGGAAAAUGGGGCCUUCCACUUGAAUAUCACCAGUAAUGAACUCUCAUGUUUCAUUAGCUUUGUGCAAAUGGAUGAAUUUGCAAAAAUGAAGAUUUGGCGAAUUUUAACAAUUAGACUCCAUUGAAAGCAGAUAUCCUGCAUUUUACUUGCCGAAAGAAUUAGGACUGUCAAUGCACAAAGAGGAGUUUGAUAGCAGUUUCCCUUUGAGUGCGUAUUGGGCAUUGUAGCAGGGAAGGUUCGCAGCUUUUAGCGCACUGAUUUUCUCGGGU